GAGAAGGGGGCGGAGUUGUCAUUAGCAAGAUGGCGGCGAGCGGUCUGAGGCAGGGUGCUGCUGCGGCCGGCACAGCCGUGAAGCCCAUUUUCAGUCGGGAUAUGAACGAGGCCAAGCGGAGGGUGCGCGAGCUCUACCGCGCCUGGUAUCGGGAGGUGCCGAACACCGUGACCUUAUUCCAGCUAGACAUCCCUGUCAAACAGGGACGGGAUAAAGUCCGAGAAAUGUUUAUGAAGAAUGCCCACGUCACAGACCCCAGGGUGAUUGAUCUUCUGGUGAUCAAGGGAAAGAUGGAACUGGAGGAAACAAUUAAAGUGUGGAAGCAACGGACACAUGUAAUGCGGUUCUUCCAUGAAACAGAAGCACCAAGGCCAAAGGAUUUCCUGUCCAAGUUCUAUGCUGGCCAUGACCCAUAAAGCCACUCUGCUCAGUGGGAAGGUGCAUGUUAUUUAAUUAUUUUGGAGCACAAAUAAAUCAGUGAUAUGAUCACUUCGUGACAG